AGUUCGUCAGUUCCAGGUAUUCUCUGAUCGGGAAAUUUACCCCGAUCAGAAAAUACCAAGUAUUUUGGUAAUGUGAAAGCAAACUACGCGUAAUUUCCCCGAAAGAAAAUACCCGCUAAAUAGUAGGUACUUGGCAAAAUUACAAGAACUUUCGCGGGGAUUUUUCCAAGGUCGCAGGUAUUUUGGCAAUGUGAAAGCAAUUUACGGGAACUUUUUAGCCCGUGUCGUUGGGCGCGGGCGCCGUGGGUGGCUGCUGGGCUAGUGGUUUUGAAUCUCGCGCCUUGCCUGCUUAUUAGACCAUACUGCACAUGCUCCUAACUUCAGGAAUUUAUCCAGAAGGGUAUGUUUCGGGGCGAUGUGAAUGCAGGAAUAAUUAAUGGGUAUUUUUUAGCCUAAAAAUGUUCUCAUAAUUUAACGGGGAUUCUUGUGAUCGAGGCGGUUUGAAACCACCUUAUGAUAUCAUCCUGAGAAUAGAAGUGAAUACCGGCAGGGUUGGCACAUUUCAGAUGGUGUAUUUUAAAACAACCACCUUUUAAACAAAUAAUGGGUAUUCUAAAUCGUUCUAAAAUGAAUUAAAAUAAUAAAAACAAACAACUUUUUAAAAUAAUUUUUUUAUUACAACCCAGAAAACAAGAACUUUAUAUCCCUUCCCCUGUAGGAACUAUAACUAGUAUUGUCUUUUUCAUUUUCUCAUUAACAGAUAGGUCACUUGACCACCUCAUCACAAUAGAAGUUGAUGACUGUCUACAUCUCUUUCAUCUGAAGUCACACAAUAUUCUUCCUUUACCGUAUUUGAAGUUCAUGUAGAUGGACAUUUCCAUUACAAUUUUUAUCAUUACAUAUCUUGAAAUUAGUAUUGAAUUUUGAGACUGGAUUGGAAUUGAUAUCUAAAUUUUUCAUUAACCUGGAAUCAAACCUACAGAAGUCAGCCUUGGAUAAGACAUUACCAUAGUUAUACUUACAAGCCUGACUAACGAUUGCUGCAGGUUGAGGGUCACUGAUCUAGCAGCAACCAAAAUUGGAACAUAAUAUGAAACAUUGUACAAGCUAACCUAACGAGUUACAGUUACAGUUACACAUGCAAUUGUACUUGUUUGCUGGAAAUGUAUGCAUCUUGAAAUCUGUGAUAUUUGAGAUCAAAUGUUGGAUUAUACACAAUUUUGGACAAUUAUAUUUUUUGUUAUAGUCACUGAAAACAUUUCAAUAUGUCAUUCAUUUGGUUUCAUUCUCUGAAAGAGAAUUUAUCAAUUUCCAUCAUCGUCAUCAUCGUCAACCUAAGUGCAUGUAAAUCUUUAUUGUUAUCCAAGAACCAAGGGCAGGAUGCCAACUUGAAAUUUCCAUAUCCCUGUGACAGUUCAGAAGUUACUUUACAGCUAUGGCAUAAUGCCCCAUUUUAUAGAUCUACAGAGAAUUCAUUACGGUCAUUGCCUACAGAUCAGCUUCCAAGAUUUAAUGUGCAAAACAGAAAUGAAACUGGAAACUGUUAUCUCGAACUACAAAUAAGUAACCUCAAGUUAAUUGAUGAGGAAACAUACAUUUCCACAGUGUAUAAGGAUGGACAAGUUCUUGAUGAUUUCACAGCAAUAAGGCUUCAAGUAGAUUAUCCUCCUGGUCAGGUAACAUGUGUUGAGGAUCGUGAAAUAGCUGCUGACUGGGUUUUAGUAGACUGUACAGCUAAUUCUGGAAGUCUCCCUGGGAAGAUUAAUUGCUAUCAGAAUGGUCUGUGGAUGGCUCCCCUGACUACACCUAUUGAGACUGACUCUUUAUUGAAACAGACUAUUCUCAUAAAAAAAUCAGAGCCCACAUUUUGCUGUUCUUGCACAUUAGAUGAAUACAAAUCAAUAUGUGAAUGCAAUGAUACUAUUCUGUUUCAAGCUGAUGGAAGUAGUCACGACCCUUGCACUGCAUCAACAGAAAGUGAAGUUACAACAUAUAGGCAUACUCCUAGUCCUGAAAAUGAUACCCACUCCACUUUCACUCCAACUGAAUUAAAAGAAUGCAACCCCAACAAAGGUGUUGUGGCCAUCCUGUCAGUUAGCUUUACUAUUUCACUUUUACUGAUUUUUAUCCUGCUUGUCUACUUUAGAAUAAAAAUAAAAACUAUUGAUAAUGAGAAUCAAGAUCCUCCAAAGUCUACAUUACUUCCUCAGGGCCAUUUAUGGAAAAUGGAUCAAGAAAGGAAAAUGGAAAUAUACAUGUAUUCAUCACAUUGCACAAUAUAAAAGGGGAAAUCCAUCUCAACAAAAAGUUUAUUUGUGAAAUUGUUAUGUGGUGAUAAAAAAUAUCUCACAUAUUCAAUAAUAU